AUGCAGAGGAUUCUGGCAAAGGCUUUGUCCGCAAGGAUUUCAAUCUUCCCUCGUGCUGUAACACAAUCAAAAUUUUCGACUUUGGUUAAUACCGUCGGAGAAGAUGACACCGUUCUUCCCAAAAUGCCCCCCUUCGACUACACUCCGCCGCCGUACACCGGUCCCUCCGCCGAUGAAAUCAUCAAGAAACGAAAAGCUUUCCUCAGCCCCUCCAUCUUCCAUUUUUACGAUGACCCAUUGAAUUUGGUUGAUGGGAAAAUGCAGUAUUUGUUUGAUGACAGGGGUAGGAGAUAUUUGGAUGCUUUUGGAGGAAUAGCCACUGUGUAUUGUGGGCACUGCCAUCCUGAAGUAGUGGAUGCAAUUGUUAGCCAAACAAAACGCCUUCAGCAUUCUACAAUUUUGUACUUAAAUCAUGCUAUUGCAGAUUUUGCUGAGGCUCUAGCAUCGAAACUUCCCGGGGAUCUCAAGGUAGUUUUCUUUACGAAUUCUGGGACGGAGGCGAAUGAGCUGGCUUUGUUGAUGGCACGGUUGUAUACCAGUUGUCAUGAUGUUAUUUCAAUUAGGAAUGGGUAUCAUGGCAAUGCCGCAGGGACAAUGGGAGCCACUGCUCAAAGUAGCUACAAAUUUAACGUUGUUCAGACUGGAGUUCACCAUGCUCAGAACCCCGACCAGUACAGGGGCAUCUUUGGUUCAGACGGAUUGAAGUAUGCAAGGGACGUAGAUGAUAUGAUUACCUAUGGAACAUCUGGUCGCGUUGCUGCAUUUAUUGCAGAAGCCAUACAGGGAGUGGGUGGAAUUAUGGAGUUGGCCCCAGGAUAUUUGCCAGCUGUGUAUAGCACCAUUAGAAAGGCUGGGGGACUUUGUAUAGCUGACGAGGUCCAAUCAGGUUUUGCUCGCACUGGAAGCCAUUUUUGGGGGUUUGAGGCCCAUGGAGUUGUGCCUGAUAUCGUUACCAUGGCAAAGGGCAUUGGUAAUGGAAUUCCCCUUGGUGCUGUGGUUACCACUCCCGCGAUUGCAAAGGUCUUGACUCAGCGAAGUUAUUUCAAUACCUUUGGUGGGAAUCCUGUGUGUACUGCAGCGGGGCAUGCUGUUCUUAAAGUAAUAGACAGGGAAAACCUUCAGCAGAAUGCUUUCAAUGUAGGAUUGCACCUAAAGCAACGCCUGAAUUCCCUCAAGGAGAAAUAUGAGAUUAUCGGAGAUGUGAGGGGAAGAGGCCUGAUGCUCGGGAUGGAACUCGUAACGGAUCGUCAGCUAAAAACUCCCGCUAAAGCUGAGACUGUGCAUGUAAUGGACCAGAUGAAAGAAAUGGGAGUACUAAUAGGAAAAGGGGGCUUUUUCGGGAAUGUAUUCAGGAUCACUCCUCCCCUAUGCUUCACCAAGGACGAUGCUGAUUUUCUCGUGGAUGUGAUGGACUACACAAUGUCAAAGAUGUAA